AUGAAUCUUGAGGGAGAACGUGACAUUUCGGAACAAAUCCAAAAUUUUAUAAACGGCGAGUUCGUGCCUCCAGAGGAUGGAAGAUUCGCUGACACUUUGAAUCCAAGUACAGGGGAAGUGUUAUGCAAAUACCCAGUCUCGACUGUGAAGGAUGUAGAAAGAGCUAUAGACGCCGCCAGGUCUGCAUUUUAUUCAUGGUCUAAAGUAUGUAAGAAUGAGAGAGCAAAGAUUUUAAAUCAAGUGGCGAAGUUAUUGGGGAAAAGGUCUGAGGCUUUCAUUCGCGCCGAGAUUAUGGACCAGGGUAGAGCAAUCCAUGGUGUAAGCAAGGAAGACAACGACAUUACCAGAGAGGUUCUCAAUAUUAAAUAUUUUACUGCGCAAGCCGUUGCUACUGUGGAAUCAGCAACACAAUCACAAGGUUCCGUCAGCUAUAGUACGCGGUAUCCUCUUGGUGUGGUUGGUAUAAUUACUUCUUGGGCUUCUCCUCUACAUUCGAUUUUAUGGCAUGCAAUCCCAGCACUGGCCAGCGGCAACUGUGUGGUUAUAAAGCCUUCAUCUUUGGCUCCUGUUGAAGUCCAUUUGCUGGCCAAAACAUUCAGCGAUGCAGGGAUUCCAAGGGGCGUCGUGAACGUAGUCUAUGGCAAAGGUGACGUGCUUGGUAGAGCCAUGGCUGCGCAUCCAACUGUGAAAGCGUUGGCAUUGGCAGGAAGCGAGAGGACUGCAUCUGCCAUACUUGCUGUAAGUCAGCUUCUUUAUACAAAAAAGUUCAUGUUUCGCUUAGGAAACUGUCAUCCGAUGAUCGUCUUCGACGACGCUAAUUUAGAGGAAGUUCUCCCAGUUGCAAUCAGAGGAAGUUUUCUCCGCAACGAGGGCCAAAACGUCCACUCUAUCAACCGCAUUUUCGUUCACGCAUCCAUCUUGCAAACAUUUACUGAAAGAUUCAUCAGAGUGGUACAGAGGUUGAAGAUUGGCAGUGCACAUGAGACAGGGAUACAGGUUGGUCCUUUAAUCAGCAAGGAACAUCGCCAGAAGAUCAUAGGUCUUAUUCAAGGCGCAGUGAACGAUGGAGCAGAGCUUCUGUGGGGCGGGAAAAUUCCAAAACUUGACAGCAAGUUAGCCAAAGGUUUCUUCCUGGAGCCCACGGUACUUGGAGGUUUCCAAAGUUCAACCAUUAGUACUAUAAACACCCUGGAGGUUCAAGGCCCAGUGGUAAGAAUCAUACCGUUUCGUACUGCAAACGAGGCUAUAGUAGGAGCAAACGGAACAAUGUAUGGCUUAUCAGCCUCGGUCUGGUGCAAAGAUGUUAAAGUAGCUCACAGUAUUGCAGACCAGUUAAAUGUCGGCUCUGUAUGGAUUAACAGCUGGCUUCCAAACGAACCCAACAUGCCUCACGAAUCCUGGAAGCAGAGUGGACUGGGGCGAACAGGCGGGGCUUACUCCAUAGAUUUCUAUACCGAAUUGAAAACUGUUAGCAUAACAUUUUGAAUCACUGCAGCUACAUCUCGUCAUAUCGUGCCAAGUUUUUCGUCAUGUUUAUUAUCAAAAAACAUUCCAUAUGUUAGGAUCGAAAAACCCCUUGAAUAACCUGCCACAAAUUUCCGAUUUCCUUAUCAAGGUAGCGCUUUAUAUAAAACAACAUUUCUUCUUCCUCUACGUUUGUUUCUGACAGUUUGAUAGAGCAAUUUUCAAUUACGUGUCGAAAGUAUUCCGAGAUUGUGUUCGUUUUGCUUAAUUUUCACUAUGAUUGGCUCAGAAAACUCGCGCGAUCCUUUCGACCAAUCAGAUGCAAAACUAAAAACAAUCGCGACUUUGUCAUUCGCGUUUUUUUUCCCGCGCUUCGAGUUCUCAUUGGCUGAUAAUGAUGUAAACCUUUGCUUUGAUUGCUCGCUGUGAUUAUUACCGAUCAACUUGGUUUUGUUUUUUUCGACACAGUCAAAAAGUGCUCUAUCGGUGCGAUCGUGGCUAGUCAACGCUUUUAAAGCGUUAAAAGUUUAUUAUGUCACUGAAGAAAAGAAAACAGCUGGAAAAAUUGAUAUCAUAUAUCAAUUUCAGCAAUGAGAUAAAACACAAAUUGAAUGUAAGCCGAAGUUUAACUUGCCAUCUUAUCAUUAGUUUAAACAUGAGCUGUAAGAGAUAACUUGAUGAAAUGAUGCUCCUGAAAUUUGAUGGUAUCUUGCUUUGACACGCUGCAGCUGUCAUGACGUCUUCUCUUACGUAAUCAUGUAUCUCGAAACACAGAUCCAAUGCAUAACGUGCAUGUCUGUCCUUACGUAAUCACUCAAUGUAGCUUGUACCAAAGAGCCAUUGAGAAUGAAAUCAAUGGCUAUAGCAGUAAACGCUUCUUAGUUAGUUAGUUUUUCAUGCUGUAUUUUACCGUAAGCAGGGACCUUUUUUGCAAGGGCCGGAGUUAGAUAUACCAUUCAAUUACCACCGAGUACAGCAAAACGAAAAUAUUCAAAAAUGAUCCCUUUUGAUCAUAUAGGACCGAAAAAACACACAUUUCAUGUUCAUCACUUGUCCUUGACGGCACGAGGAUACCGUGCGUGAUCUCCUUCCUUCAUUGUAUCCUUAGCAUUGCUCAGUCAUGACGGUUGACAUUUGUUUGAGUAAAUCAUCCAUAUCUUCAAAGUGCUACAGGCUUAGCAAGGUUCAUAUUCGUAGCACGGAUGUUUGUGUCAAGUGUUGAUUUGACAUUUAUUACAAGUACAAUUGAAAUCGUAUAUUUGCCGGUUCUGCUUUGUGAAACGUUUUUUUAAGUCACAUAAACGGAGAACGUAAAUCUGAUUCUAAGAAACCCUUCCAGUUUCUCAAAUAUAUUUCUUCACGGCUGCAAAGCUCAACCUUAAGACUGUUUUUUGCAAUUUGACAUUUUCUUUUUUUAUUCCUAAAAGUGAAUUCGUCUGAAGAGGAAAUGAAUUUGUCAAACUCACAUUUCUCAAUUCUUUAAAGUUGAGCGGGUAAUUUCAAGAAUAUUUGUCGUUGUAGUCCGGAACAAAUUCAGACAUUAUCCGCGCAAGACCUCGCACGAUAAUGAAACUUCCGUUAAAGGCUUGUGAUUUACUGAGUCUUCUACUGAGCACAGACAAAUUUGUUAGAGCAUUCGCAGCACAAAGACUACAUAUUUAGUCCAACUUCCGUGCAAUUUAAUACCCGUAACAUAUACAUAACAUUGAAAUUUUUUAAAACGGGAAUUGGAGCGUAGCAACACACCAAAGUAAGAGCUCGUCUGCCGACAGCAUUUUUUUUAGUAAGGUGCCCAAUUCUUAGUUUGUUUUCAACUUAAAUAUCAUCGCUUGAAGUAAAAGAUCCAUACUUCAAAAAGCGUUUUUGAAUUAAGUAAAAUUGAUUGUAGAUAUUUUCUGACAUUUCUUAAAGAUAAGUAGACAAACACUUGUCGUUGAAUCAGACAUUUUUCCUUAUUCUUGAUGAAAUCAUUCCGUCAUGGGUCUAACUUCUUUCAGUUUUUCAUGUACGUUAUAUGAUCACUGUUGUAAUGACUUGAAUUGAUUAGAAGCGCACAACUUUGAUAAAAGAGACUUGUUGACUCAAGCUUAAUCAUGUUUAUAACAUCAAUUUCAAUCUCAAAUCCUCCAUAGCUAUUGGUCGAGGGUUCUCUACACUUGACAUCUUCAUCGUAAAGUUUAGCGACAUGCCCAUGUUAAUUUUAAGCAAUAUCCGUUUGUUUACAAAAUGUAGACAUUUACAAAA